AUGGCAACAAAAAUCAUCCUCUCAUCCCUACUAUUCUCUCUUUACUUCCUAGCAACAAUAGCAGAAAAUAAUGCCAACAACUCAACCACUUCAACAAGUUUCGUCCAGGCCUCGUGUCGAGCCACUACAUACCCGACCGUAUGCAUCCAAUCCCUCACUCGCUAUGCAGGUUCAAUAAAACACAAUCCACGCCAGCUAGCUCAUACAGCUCUAGCAGUGAGCCUCCACUCGGCGUGGUCCACUAGGGUUUUCAUUCACAAGCUGACUAAUUUUAAGGGUCUGAAGCGAAGAGAAUACCAGGCUAUCCGAGAUUGCCUAGAGGAGAUAGCAGACAGUGUGGACCAGAUCGGCCAGUCAAUCCGAGAGAUCAAGUCCAUGGGUCAAGGCCCACCUGGCCAGGACUUUUUCUUGCACAUUAGUAACAUGCAAACGUGGGUAAGUGCUGCCCUUACAGACUGCACAACUUGUUUGGAUGAGUUAUCAGAUACAACCUAUAAUAGAAGGAUUAAACACUCGGUUAGGUCCCGAGUGACUAAUGUAGCUCAAAUCACUACUAAUGCACUUGCACUUAUUAAUCACUUAGUUGCCUAA